GAACAGCUUGUGAAUAGAAGAGAUGCUUAGUCUGACAUGAAGUGGUGGUCGGUCGCUGAACUGCGCUCUCACCGCCUGAGGAAUGCAGCCGCCCGUGGCUCUUAUCUGAACCCCCCUAAGCUGAUUUGGUCUGUUUUCCAGUUACCUGCUCUGCAGAAAGAACAAGAAAAGAGGAAAAAAGGGCUGAGAACCAUUAAUUGUCGGGGAGUCACUGAGCGAAGAGCAGACGGAGCUCUGUGUUUUUGCCUCUUUGGAGCAAACAAGCAUCUUUGGGGCACUUGAGGGUUUCCGUGCAAUACCUGGCAGCCACUGCCGUUUCCUUAAGUUCAGAUCACGGAAUACCUGGAGUUUCAUCUGAGCUAUCACAGCUUUCCUGCUCUGGAGAGAAAUGCUGGAACGGGUCAUCCUCCUGCUCUGUGUUCUGCCAGUUCUGGCAGCACAGAACUGCAAACCUAAUGCUCCAGAAGGCCACAAAGUCCGGCUCAGCAUCAAAACUGCUUUGGGAGAUGAAGCCUAUGACUGGAAUGAAAACGAGCUGUUCCUUUUCCAAUCAACCAUGGCUUAUGCGAUGAGGCGCUUGAAGGGACAGCAGUUUAUAGUUUCCAACAUCGUGGUGUGUAAUGAGACUCCAAGGGUGUCCUUCUGGUUUGUGGUAACAUCUCCCCAGGACCCUUCACAGCUUGUUCCCAAAGGCGAGGUGGAGGAGGCUGUGAGAAAGUCCAGGAAUCGCAUCAACCAAGCCUUCAUGCUGUCAGACUCCACUCUGGAGUUCAUUGGCAUCCUGCCCACGCUGGCAGCGCCAGUUGAACCCCCCACACCCACAUGGCUCAUCGUGUUUGGGGUGGUGAUGGGUCUGGUUGUUGCGGGCAUCUUCAUUCUGCUCGUGCUUUCCAGCGUCCAGAAGAAACGAAAGAAGAACAAAAUAGCAGACGAGGAGGAGGAGGAUGAGGAUGAAGGGACACGAGUGCAAACACCUGAAAACGGCUCCACAAGAGUGGAUUAUUACAACAAUUCCUUUGCGGAUGAUGAGCGAUUCACUCACAUGUAGAUUUCCCACAUAAAUGCCAACAAUUGAAGCAAUAAGAUGGGAUAAUAAACCUUUGGAUCUAUGUGGAGUUUUGCUGCAAAAUAAUAGCUUAAGGUUUUUACAAAACCCCAUUUGCAGCUACUGUCAUUAGUUCAGAUUUUUCAUUCCCUUGGAUAUUUGAUUUGCUCUUCGAUUUCUUAAAUAAUUGUCUUCCUGUUUCGUAUUAUAAGAAAUGUAGACAGCCUUAUGACAGAAUGUGUACAAAUGUAUUAAUCACAAAAAGACGCCUUAUUUAAAGAGAUGGGCAACUACUAACCAUAAACAAACUGAGAAGAAACCCUGAUGUGUAAAUUUGUGUUUGAAUGUUUUUGCUAAGAGGAUCUGCUGCCCUCUGCUGGUCAUAUAGGGGAAGAGCAACAUGGUUUUUAUUUCAGCAGACUGUCAGAAAACAAGGAUUUCUGCUUGCAGAUGCUAAAAUAAAAAAUCUGUUUCUAUAAAA